CCAGCCCAGGCCAGGGCGACCCUCUAACAGACCACCAGCCAGCCCAGGUCAGGGCGCCCCUCGAGUGGACCGCCUUUCUUGAUUCAGAGAGACACAUCCCCGAGGAGCCUGUAGAAACGGGUUGUUCAUCUGUAAAAUGGAGACCUAGCCCUGAGAUUUAGCUAAGACCCACAAUGGCCUGGGCCUUCUGACAUCCGAUGUUGUGGAACUCCAGCACCUGUUGGUGUGGACAGAGAGGCUCUGACCAUGGUCACACUCAUCACUGAGAAGCUGCAGAACCAGAGACUGGAUGACCUCAGCCGCAGGGUCCUCCAGGCUGGCCCGUAUUCUGCUGAGAAACUGAACAGAAGUGGCCAUUUGUUCCCUUUGGAGGUUGGUGGAGACAAGAGCCCCUGGUCAGCCUUGCGUGGAGGACCGCCUGUUGGGAGCCCCGGGACUACAGGCUCUGCGUGCCCUUUCCUGCCAGCCUCGUGUGCUGUGGCUCAUGCGGACGGUGUCCAGUGGAGGCCAGAGUCGCCAGGCCCAUGCCCAGGCCCGGGCAGCACUUUGGACCUCUGUGAGAAUUCAGGGCCCCCCGUGGCACCACCGACUAAGCGGCACUGCCGGUCCCUGUCAGAGCCUGAGGAGCUGGCUCGCUGCCGCUCCCCAUGGCGGCCCAGCGGCUCCAAGGUCUGGACUCCAGUCUCCAAGAGGCGCUGCAACAGCGGCGGAAGUGCCACGCUGCGGGGCGGCGGCGGCGGCGGCAGCCUUGGGAGCUUGGGCCUGCCCAGGAGCCCCACCUUGCCCCUGGUGCCCCGGCCUGCCUCUCCCAGCAGCGGCGUGGGCGAGAGCAUCGAGGGUGGCCCGGCCUUGGCCCCCCCCUGCCCUGAGCAGCCUGGCUGGCUCUCCAGGCGCCGCCUGUCGCUCUCCCAGGAACACCUUGCAGAUACGGGUGCUCACCUUUCUGCCAGCAGCACCCCAACAUCCACGCCCGAGCCAGGCCGGCGCCACGGCCUGCCCCGGUGCCGCUCGCAGCCCUGUGUGCUCAGCGGAAGGAGAAGCCGGCGCAAGAGGCAGCGGGAGGGUGCCAGGUGGACACGCCCGUCCUUGGACUUCCUCAAAAUGACGCGGACUUUGAAAAACUCAAAGAGCCUUUGCUCCCUGGACUACGAAGAUGAUGAUGAGGACGACCCCCAGGCAAAGACUGUCGUGUCCUCUCCCUGUGACUCGCAGGACCUUGUGGGCCUGGUCACGCCCAGCCCCAGCCCCAGCCCCAGCCCAUGGGCCUCCAGGGAGCAGGCCGCGGGCUGGCGUGAGGGCAGGGGCAGCGGGGACUGGGGCAGUGCCAGAGAGGAGGGCGCCCUCCCUCGGGAUGGCAGUGACCUGGAUCUGGAGCAGAUUGAGAACAACUGACUGCGACCGCCCCGCUGCCCAGGACCCCUGCUGCCCAGGACCCCCGCUGCCCAGGACCCCGGCUGGCAGAGCGGCCCGGGUAUUUGUACAGUGGAGGCAUCGUUUUGAUUCAAUUUUUCCUAAAGAAGUAUUUUGCAUUUUUAUGGCUUUUACAGUUGGGGAGAGCGUCUCUAUUUUGAAAUGAGUUUUCAGAAGGGCAUUCUAUUAAAUGUGAUUCUGCCAGAGUUGGCACGAGUGAC